AUGGCUAACUCGACCUUUGAUAGUACAAUGAGGAGAACAAAAGUUGCCUUAUUACUGUCUGGAAUUAAACUGGAAGAUUUCAAAUUUGGCUCGAUCACGGAGAUGUUAUUUAAAUACUUAUUUUACUUUAAUUUUAUUUGGCUAGGGACAGAUGUGGUCGGCGAAGUGUUUGGUUUGAUCGAAGGCGUUCAACUGGGGAAGAAUUUUAUCGAGCUAUCUCUGACAAUACCGUGCAUGGCUAUAAGCUUUUUGGGUACAGCCAAAGGCAUAUUUUUGUUUCAACAUCAGAACACUAUUUUCAAAAUCAUUCGCAAAUUGAAAGAUAUACAUCCUGACGAGGCUACAGAACUAAAUGUAGAUGAUAAUGAAACUGAAGGAAAGAUUACUACAGAAUCAAUAAAGUUUUUAAAUCUAGUAAAUGUAAUGUUUACUAUUAUAUGUUCGGCAGUAGUUGUGGCAUUUUGCUUAUUACCAGCGGCUGCUAUGGCGUAUACGUUUUAUACUACAGGGAAAAUAGUUUAUGAAUAUCCGUAUUUAACCAAAUACUUCUUCAAUCAUUACACUUUGGAGAGGUGGCCAUUUGUUUAUUUUCACCAGGUUUAUUCAACUGUUAUAGUGGCUGCAAAUUUAAUGGGCGCAGACACUCUUUUCUAUUCGCUUUGUUUAUACGUAGAAAUGCAUUUCCAACUGCUUUGCAAACGAUUUGAAGUAUCCACUGUUGGUAAUGAGAUAGUCGUUAAGAAAUCGUUCAGAAAUUGUGUGGAAAGACAUCAGGAAUUGAUUCAACUAGUGGACAAUAUGGAGGUGUUGUACACAAAAUCAACGCUUUUCAAUAUCCUCAUGAGCUCAGUCCUCAUUUGUCUUAAUGGCUUCAUAUUAACGAUGACGAGUGAUGUAACCAUCAUGAUUAUGUUCAUGACAUUUUUAUCAAUGAAUUUAUCGCAAACAUAUCUGUUGUGUUAUUUCGGAGAUUUGCUCAUGAAAUCGAGUGCUGAAGUCAGUAGUGCUAUUUACAAUAGUUUGUGGUAUUUGUCAGAUGCUACGAUUGGUAAACAUUUACUUCUAGUACAAAUGAGAGCACAAAAGCCUUGUAAGUUAACAGCUUUAGGCUUUGCUGACGUCAAUCAGAGAGCUUUUAUGAGGAUCUUGAGCAACGCCUGGUCAUUCUUUGCUUUAUUAAAUACAAUGUUCCUAGCUAUGAAUAUAAUAAUAUUUAUAAAUUUGAACAUAAUGUCUAAAAAAAAUAAAGCUCUAUGGAUGUCUUUUGAUGACUCACUAAAAAACACUUACAUUCCAUGCCGUUUAAUUGGUCUCAACUUUCAAAAUAGAGCAAGGAAUCAAAACGAAACAAUUACAUUCUGGAUUAAUAUGAUUUGGAUGAACCUAGCUUUCAUAGGAUGUUUUCAUUGGAUGUAUGACGGUACUUCCAAAGGGAUAUUAAAUUUUACUGAAAUAACUUAUGUGGCACCUGGUACUAUGUUAACCAUUAUUGCUAAUUUCAAAGCAUUUUUCGCUUAUGCCUAUGAAAAUAAAAUCAAAACACUAAUAAACAAUCUAAGAAAAUUAGAUCAAGAUAUCGAUGUAAGCAAACUGAAUGAAACAGAAAUGCUUAAAGUGAAAUCAGCUGUGAAUUUUUUGAAUCGAGUGAUUAGAAUUUUGAAUGUUUUAAAUAUAAUGAUGUUGCUAGUUUAUGAUUUGAGUCCGAUAGUGUUGAUGAUUACGAAAUAUUAUAAAACAAAAGUGUUGGAGUUGAUGUUACCGUUUCUGGAUAUUUAUCCUUUUUAUUCAUUUGAUUUGCGAUGGUGGCCAUUUCUGUAUAUUCAUCAGAUUUGGGCGGAAGCUAUCGUAUUACUUCAAAUUUGCUCCGUCGACUACCUUUUCUAUAUUUGCUGUACUUAUAUUCGUAUACACUUCAUACUUCUACAGUACCAAAUCGAACAAAUUGUGCCUCAUUAUGGGUCUUAUGUAGAUUAUAUUGAGUUUGAGGAGAAUUUCGUGAGGUUGAUCAAAUGUCAUCAAGAUCUUAUAAGUACUGCAAACAUGCUCGAAGUAAUCAUAUCCGAAUCUACUUUGUCCAAUUUUGUUAUAAGUUCGAUCGUGAUCUGCCUCACUGGAUUCAAUGUCAUGACUACUAAUGAUUUCGCUGCUAUCAUGACUUUUAUCACUUUCUUGUUCAUGAGUUUGCUUCAAGUGUUCUUCUUGUGUUUCUUUGGAGAUAUGCUCAUGACGUCGAGUAGUGAUGUGAGCAAUGCUGUGUAUUCUUGUAAGUGGUAUCUAUCUGACGCAUCUGCAUGCAAAAACAUAAUCAUUGUGCAGAUAAGAUCACAAAAGCCUUGCAAGGUGACCGCUGCUGGAUUUGCUGACGUCAAUCUCAGGGCCUACAUGAAGAUUUUGAGCACGUCCUGGUCUUAUUUUGCUCUACUGCAAACUAUGUAUGGUUCAGUUCGCACAUAGUUUAUUACUCAUAGCGUAUAGUAGAAGGGAAAGUUACCAUCCCACUUCUCACUACAGAAUACGAGAUCCCACAUCUGAGCAGAC